AUGUCAGUGGCCGGGAGCGGCGGCGGGGGCAGCGGCGGCGGCGGGGGCGACGCGGAGUCGGCCGGGGCGCCCUCCACGGCCGGGGCGCUCGGCCGCCUGUCGCUCUGCCCGACACUGCUGCUCCAAUGUCGGCCGCAGAUCUACUGCGGCGUGUGCGUGACGGUGUGCGUGACGGCCAGCUGGGUGGGCGCCACGCACUGCAUCAAGUACCUCUACUUCCACCCGGGCCCGCUGGGCGGCGGCGGCGGCGCCAACGUGACGGUGGCCGGCGUGGGCGUGGGGCCGGGCCCGGGGCCCGGGCCGGGGCCGGGGCCGGGCGCCGGCGGCGGCGUGGGCGUGGGCGGCGGCGCGGGCCGCCUGCGCCUGCACGGCCCGGCCGUCGCCACGGGCUACAACGCGCCCUUCUUCACCACCUGGUUCUGCACCAACUGGACGGCGCUCUUCUUCCCGCUGUACCUGCUGUGCCGCCUGGUUGGCGCCCGCUGCCGCCACGGCGGGGCCAUCCUGCAGGAGAGCGCGCGACACUUCCGGGAGAAGGGCUUCACAGCCGCGCGCUUCCUCACCCGCUGCGGGCUGUUCUGCCUGCUGUGGGUGGCCACCAACUACAUGUACAUCCACUCGCUGCGCAUCCUGCUCGCCACCGACGUCAUGGCGCUGUUCGCCACCAACAUCGUUGCGGUCAUCCUGUGCGACACGGGCAUCGCGUUGCUGGCGUACAUGGACGGCAUAACGGGGUCUCCCACGCUAGGUGGCGUCGUGCUCGCCGCGUCCGCUGCCGCGGGCUCCGCUGUCUAUAAGGUGCUGUUCAAGAAGGUGAUCGGCGAGGCGAGCUACGGACAGGUGUCGCUGUUCUUCUCGCUGAUCGGGCUGCUGAACGCGGCGCUGCUGUGGCCGCUGUGCCUCACGCUCUACUUCACGGGCGUGGAGACGCUGCCGUGGGAGCGGCUGCCCUGGCCGGCGCUGCUUGCAGCGUCGGGCCUUUCGCUCGCGGCGAAUCUUCUGGGGAAUUUCAGCGUGGCUGUGACAUAUGAUCUCUUCAUUACAUUAGGUCUCAUCACGGCUGUGCCAGUUUCUGCAGCUCUGGAUGUAGUGCUUUAUGGUGCAACAUUUGCGGGUAUGAAGUUGGCAGGCAUGAUCCUCAUUGCUGUAGGUUUCUUUCUCGUCAUGUUUCCUGACAACUGGCCUGACUACAUAACUCGUUUACUUAGAAACCUCAUCUUGUUGAGCCACAGUGCCAGAAUUAUAGUUUCAACAAUGAAAAUUGAAGGGGAAGCAUCGUGGAACACCCUGUACAAAUUUAGUGCUACUAGUAGGACACGCUCACAGGUACCAGUAAGACAUACCAACAUCUUCAUUGAAGCAAGUUUAAAACAAAAACAAACUAGUUUUAUUACUACUGAUGACUUCAUAUACCAUUGUUUUAAGCAGAAAUGUAUGCAUUUUUAUACAAUAUUCUUCUCCAGAAAGUAUAAAGAUGAGAAAGAAGGAAAACAGGAAACAAAACUUGUGUUUUUACAUAGAAAUCUGGCAAUCCUGCAGAAAAUAAUAUUUACUACAUUUAUAACAUAUAUUUCUUUUACUUGGUUGAAAAUUCGAUCAGAUUUAAAUGAAGUAAACCAUGAAUUUAACAAUGCAUUAAGCAAUUAUGUUAUCACAUUUUAUUCUGUCUAUUAUUACAAUGUGAAGAGCCACAAUGUUCGGAGGCAGGAGCAAUAA